CCGCAGCGCCGCCGGGCUGGGCGGCGCGGAGCGGCCGCAGGGACGCGGGCCGGGGGCGGUGGAGCCGCGAUCGGAGCCGGCGGAGGCCGCGCGCUUCAUUUUCGUGGCGAAAUCUUCCUCUCCUUUAAGCCUCCUUAGAACUGGUUUUGAUGGUUAAGUUGACACAAUGACAGACUUUGAGAAGAACCUCCGCCAGGACAUGAUUUCUCAGCUGCACAACUUUGCUGCCGUGGGAGAUGCAGCCAGACUGAAAGCACUGCUCAGUCGUUCCCCGUCACUUGUCAAUGCAGCUGCGGGGAACGGCUGGACAGCCCUGAUGUUCGGUGCCAGGAAUGGACACCUCGAGGUUGUGCAGGUUCUUCUUGAGCAAGGGUGUGACAGAUCCAUCAUUAAUAAAUCAAGGCAGACAGCUCUGGACAUCGCUAAAUUUUGGGGGUACAAACACAUAGCUAAUUUGUUGGCUAAUGUCAAGGGUGAUCAGAAGCCUAGUUUUUUGUCCAAUGAUGUGAAAGAAUAUGAAAAUUAUUUUGGCAUGACACUUCUGGACAGAAGGAGUGAUAAAAGAACAGAUUCCAAGUGGCUGAGUAAAAAACAAAGCCAUCCAACUACAGUAUACAUCCUCUUCUCAAAUCUAAGUCCCCUGGUUACUUUGAGUGGGGGAAUAGAUAGUUCCCAGCAGCCAGAAGUAAAGCUUUGCAGGCUGUACCACAAGGAUGUGGAGCAGUGCCUGAACCAAACCGAAGAGUGCACCUUGAUUUUUCUUGGAGUUGAACUUCAUCAGAACCUGACAGCUGCUUGCAGUGGAAGAGUUCUGCAAGAAGAUGAAGAGGACGGGUUAGUUGCUUGGUUUGCUCUUAGCAUAGAUUCCGCUUCUGCUGAGAAAUUUAAACAGAAGCAUGAGGACUGUUACUUUCUUCACCCACCAAUGCCAGCACUGCUGCAGCUACCUGAAAAAGAAGCUGGAGUAGUAGCCCAGGCUCGGUCUGUUCUAGCGUGGCAUGACCGUUACCGAUUCUGCCCAACGUGUGGGAGUACCACCAAGACUGAAGAAGGGGGUUACAAGAAAACUUGCUUAAAAGAAGAUUGUCCCAGUCUCCAAGGAGUUCACAACACAUCAUACCCAAGAGUUGAUCCUGUUGUGAUAAUGCAAGUCAUCCAUCCGGAUGGGAACCACUGCCUUUUAGGUAGGCAGAAGAGGUUUCCCCCAGGAAUGUUUACGUGUCUUGCUGGAUUUGUAGAACCUGGCGAAACAAUAGAAGAUGCCGUUCGAAGAGAAGUGGAAGAGGAGGCUGGAGUCAAAGUUGGCCAUGUUCAGUACGUCUCUUGUCAGCCAUGGCCAAUGCCCUCAUCCCUAAUGAUUGGCUGCUUGGCUGUGGCAGUGUCCACAGAAAUUAAAGUUGACAAGAAUGAAAUAGAGGAUGCCCGCUGGUUCACUAGAGAACAGGUCGUGGAAGUUCUCAUCAAAGGAAACCAGCGUUCGUUCUUUGUACCACCGAGUCGAGCUAUUGCACACCAGUUGAUUAAACACUGGAUUGGAAUGAAUGCUAAUCUUUAGUUCAGAUAAUUGAUUUAAGUUAAGUUACUUGUCUUACUGAAUGCUAAAUUAGGAAUAAACUAGAAUUGUUUAUUUAUCUAGUCGUUGUGCAACCAUACGAUUUUUUGAGCCCUUCCUUAGGUUCCUGAGCUAAACUAUGCAAAUCAUUUGUAGGUGUUUUCAUAGCUGAAUUAGAAAUGGACAACAAUUAUCCCCAAAAAGCAAGCAACAAAUAGAUCGAAUUGGUACCUUGUUGUGCAGAGGCUGUUUUUUUGUCCUAGAAUCAAAUUAUUAUGCUUUUUACUGUUACACUUUUAAUGUUUGAUUUGGUCCUUUCUCCAGUGGAAGGAGUUACAGCAUUACAAAGAGGGAUGUCUGACCUUGCCUGCUGUAUGUAUUCUGUAUUUACAUUCUCCUAUUUUAUCUUAAUUUUUUCUUUCUCAUUUUUGCCUUUCUCCAUUCUUUACAUUCUGCCUGUCACAAAAAUUGGCAUUCAGCGCUGAAAGUCUCAGCAGCAAUGGUUAUUUUUAAGCUAAUAACAUAUAUAAAUGGUGAAUAUGAGGUACUAGGUAUCUUUUACUUUAAUAACCUAAUUUACAUUAAUUCUCUAAGCAGAGCAUUUAUUCAUCCCUUCUGAUUUGGCCUGCAUACAACUUACCCAAUUGUAUAUCAGUCUGAAUUUAAAGGUAUAACACAGUGCUUUGGUUUCGAAAAGGUGUUGGAGAGCCAUCCCCAAAAGCCUAAACAUUAGUAUUUUAUAAGAUAAUAAUGUACUUAAUGCCCCUAGGCAGUGAGUUAUGUCAUUCUCUGAUAAUUAGAAAUGGAACCGUAGAGUAAUGGAAGAGGAAAAAAAAACAUACCAUCUGAAAAUAUGCACAAAAUUCUUUAUGAAAUGGAGAUGCUAAUAUUGUUACUGCUAUUAAGAAAUUUACACUGGAAAUAAGUAUAUUAACUGCAGGUGUAAGACGGAAAGCAUUAUAUGAAUUAAAAUAUUUACUUAUGUGUACUUAAUGCUAUAGUUCAAAUUUUUGCCUUAAUUUAUCAAGUUAUUAAAAAUGUUAUUUUCAAAAUAAAAGUAUAUUAUUUUUAUUA